AUGUGUGAUGAUGUAAAAUUUGUGAAUGAGAAGGGAGGGCAAAGUGUCGAUGUUGGCUCACCUAAAGAUGUGGAAGGAGUGAAGGAAACAGAUGGUCAAAAGAGCUGUAGUCGUUUUGACUGGGCUCUAACGCUCAAGCGGAAACUACAGGUGCUCGAGCGGAAGAGUGGUACUUCUCGCCUAGACCAAGUGCUCGAGUGGCAGAACUCAAACUCGAGCGGACGCAGGCGCUCGAGUGGCACAAGCGGCCUACAGUAG